AUGAAAAUCAUCCUCACCGGUGCGACAGGCUUCGUCGGCAGCGAGGUUCUCGAGCAAUGUCUCCAAAAAUCUGUGGUGGUCCUGGCGCGCCGAGAACUUCCCCCAGCGAUGAUGGGCCAUCCCAAACUGACGGUCAGAAUCAUUACCAAAUUCAUGUCCUAUCCCGAUGAUUUGCUGCGUGAUCUCCGUGGAGCCGAGGCGUGCAUAUGGACACUGGCCAAGGCGCCGGACAUGGGGCGGACCAUGGACGGGGAUACAGUACGAGUCUGCCUCGAUUAUACGCUAGCUGCGAUCAAAGCAUUCGAUCAGUCUCGACAAGGUGGCAGACAGGAUGAUUGA